AUGCUCAACGCAGCGCUUCUUGUCACCACCCUGCUUGCCUUCAUCAUGAAAGCACAAGCUGCUACUCUCCCAAUCCGAAUCUUAACCCACAACAUCCGUUAUGCCGCCGAUCCACCCGCCACAGGCGAGAAGCCCUGGUCAACACGGAAACAACUGAUCCUCAACGAGCUGCACUACAACACUCUCCACAACCCCGAAGCCUUCAUCUGUCUACAAGAAGUGCUCAACGAGCAAAUCGUCGACAUAAUGGCCGGUCUCGGCAACGAAUGGGCCUACAUCGGCGUCGGUCGCGACGACGGCAAAACCGAAGGCGAAUACAGCCCCGUCAUCUACCGCCCAGCCGUCUGGGAACUUGUGACCUGGAAGACCGUCUGGCUAAACGAAGACGGCGCCGUUGGAAAGAAAGGCUGGGACGCAGGCUCGGUUCGCAUCGUGACCAUCGGCACGUUCAAGCACAUGACAAGCAAGAAGGAAAUAGUAGCCAUGUCAACGCAUUUCGACAACUCGGGCGCCAUCUCGCGCCGCGAAUCUGCGAAGAUUAUCGAAGGAAUUGCUGCGGAUAUCGCUUUCCCGGCGUCAAACUACUCGUCUACUGGUCUACCUUUCUUCCUGGCUGGCGACCUCAACUCUGAGAUUACGGAUGAUGCGUACAUGAUGCUGAAUAAUGCGUCGUCUCUCCUGCAAGAUACGAAGGAGCAGGCUAAGUGGCUGUAUGGUGAUGAGAAUACGUAUACGGCUUUCGAUGAUGUGGACAAGGCGCUGAUUGACUUUGUGUUUGUGGGACCGAGGGGAGAGGGAGAUUGGGGUGUUGAGGGGUAUAACUACACUCUGGCGAACCCAGAUACUAUCACCAAGUACAAGGUCGCCGCCGACAUCUCCCAGAAAGUCCUCAAGGAGGUCUCCGGAUGGAUCGCCGCUGAUACCAGCAUUGUCGAGCUCUGUGAGCGCGGCGACAAGCUCCUAGACGAGGAGGUCGCCAAGGUCUACAAGGGCAAGAAGGUCCUCAAGGGCAUUGGACACUGCACCACCAUCUCGCCGAGCGCCUACAUCACCCCGUACACACCACUCAAGACCGAUGCCGAGGAAGCCGCCGUGACACUGAAGGAGGGAGAGGUUGUCAAGAUCCAGCUAGGUGCCCAGAUCGAUGGCUUCUGCGCGAUCGUUUGCGACAAUGUCAUUGUCGGAGCUGCCGACGAGGUCACCGGACGGGAGGCAGAUCUCAUUCUGGCUACACACUACGCGAACGAGCUUCUGCUGAGGUUGAUGGUACCCCCAGGCUUGGUUCCCCACGGCGACGAGGAGGAGCAAAAGAAGGCUGCGUCAAAGAAGGCCUACACCCAGAGCCAAAUGACCAACAUGCUUGAGAAGGUUGUCAAGGCGUAUGGCUGCAACCUCGUCGAGAGCACCACCAUCUGGCAAUUCGACCACAACGAGAUCGAGUCCAAGAAGAAGAUCAUUCUUGCGCCCGGCGAGGGUGUCAGAGGAGAGGGUCUCCCUGAGGUCGGCGAAGUGUGGGGUGUUGAGAUGGGUGUCAGUCUCGGAAGCGGCAAGGUCAAGAGCAACAGCAACAGGACCACUCUGCACCGACGUACAGCCACCACCUACCAGCUCAAGCGCCCUACCUCGCGAAGCCUGUUGUCUGAAGUUGUCAAGAAGUUCGGCACCUUCCCCUUCAGUCUGCGCCAGCUUGAGGACGAGAAGGCUGCCAAGGUUGGUGUCGUCGAAUGUGUCCGCACAGGUGUGCUCCGCCAGUACGAAGUUGUCGUUGACAAAGACAACCAGCCCGUAGCUAGGUUGUUCAGCACUGUUGCGAUCACCAAGAACGGCAUGCAGCGUCUGGCUCAACCCACUGCCAUCGACACCUCCAAGUACAAGUCUGACAAGAAGAUUGAGGACGAGGAGAUCCUCAAGAUUCUCGAACAGCCCAUUGGAAAGACUUCGACAAAGAAGAACAAGAAGAAGAAGAAGAAGCCCGCCAAGAAGGCCGCUGACGGCGGUGCUGCUCCUGCCGAAGAGGAGGAGAGUGACGACGAGGAGUAG